AUGAAGACAGUAGUUUAUCCUCUGAUCCAUCUCCGGCUUAUGAAUGGUGAAACGGCAAGGUUCUGGCACGACAACUGGAGUCCAUUUGGAUGCCUCUACGACUACCUAGGAGCUUCGUCAUCCAGGUUAGGAAUACCACUCAACGCAACAGUGGCCUCGCUUUUCAGGAAUGGUUCAUGGCGUCUGCCUCCUGCAAGGUCAGAGCAUCAAUUGAAUCUUCUCGCCUACUUAACCACAAUUCAAUUGUCGGAAGGACAAGACACAUUUAGUUGGGAACUAGAAGGCAAAGCGAUGAUGAAAUUUGAAACUGGUAAGAUAUAUCACUACCUGAGGGGAAUCACUAAAACUAAGGAAUGGGCUCCAGCGGUUUGGUCUUCUCGGAGUAUCCCUAGGCACUCCUUCCAUGCUUGGCUGGUGGUGCUUGACCGUAACCCGACUCAAGAUCGCCUCAUCAGAUGGGGUCUUCCAGUGAGUCACCUCUGCCUCCUCUCCAACACUGCCGCUGAGACGAGAAGCCACUUAUAUAUGGACUGCCCUUUUAGCUAUGUACUCUGGUCUUUGGUUGCUGCAAAAUGUCAACUUCAAGCCCUUCAAAGUUGGACGGAUCUCCUCAAUCAGAUGACUACUUUGUCGGCCCCUCGAUCAAAGAAGCUUCUAUGUCUCCUAGCCUGGAAAUCGGUGAUGUAUUGGCUAUGGCGAGAACGGAAUGAACGGCUGCAUGCACAGAUUUUUAGAAGUGUCGAUUCUCUCUUGAAAACAAUCGAUCUCCAGGCGCGAAACCAAAUCCAGAGUUUUCGCGAAGCCUCCCCCUCUCUUGCUUCACAGAUGAUUCAGUUGGGAUUCACCUAA